CCGGCGAGGUGUUUUAAAUGGACCGUAGACUGUAGCUUAAAGGAAAACUGCACCUGGAGCGACGGAGUUGACGAUAGUCCCAUCAUCCGCACGCUUAUUAUUCUGCUCUACGAAAAUAAGGGGAGGUUUUCGAACGAUGUGACAUGACUGCUACCCGAAUGUAACAAUUAGUCUAACCUUGAUGAAAUCCGAUUGCGCUCUUCCGCCGUGUAUUAAUUGGAACCACUCGGGUGCGCACAGUUCUGCGGCCAUAUGUAGUUGAAUCAUUUAACUGAAGAGGAUGCUUUAAAUGUACAUUCAGUAGAACAUUGAAGGCUACUUUGAAGGCAACCCGGAAUAGCCCCCAAUUAAUUUCAAAUGCCAUGGUAGUUUAUUUGCUUAAACGUAAAGGUCAGAAUCUGGGGUUUGCGAGAUACAUGCUGAAUUGAUUGGAGACCUUCGGAAUUGACCGCCUUGUCAUUCAUUGCCUGUUGUGUAGGCACGGAAUUUUCACGCGCUGUUCUAGCAAUCCAACAGCUGAACAACAUUGUCUAGGUUGCUCAUCCAAACUGACCGCCCCACUACUUCGCAUCUGCGCCCCGGCCACUUGAAAUGAGGACCGCGUCCCGAGCCUGUUCUGUGUGAAGCCGCGAAAACGGGCAAUUCCUUCCGUAUCUCCCGUCCGCAGUGAGGCAAGGACAUUAAGUCCCCGUUUGGCCGUGCUGCAGCCAUGGACCGGGACGAGAACAAGAGCGUCUCGAAAAAGACCAUAAUCACAAAGAUUUUCAAAGUUCGCAGGAGGAGAGAGAUGCUUUUCGUGCAAGUGUGUUUUCUCUGCAGUGUCCUCUGCAUGGCAUGGAGCAUGUCAGUAUUGCUGACAAAGACAGGGUACGGAAUAACAUUCAAAAAUGGACACGAGAAGCAUGAACAUUGGGGAAGGAAGCUCAUGGGACAUGAACCCGACAACGAGACCGAGUCGAAGAACUGCACAGAGCCAGCUAUCAAGGAGUUCCCUGAAGACAUGUUUUCCAACUACGAGCGCAAGAGUGGGGCCGUCCUGCUGCACAUCGUGGCGGCCCUCUAUAUGUUCCUGGCCCUCGCUAUAAUCUGUGACGACUACUUUGUACCGUCGCUGGAGAAGAUCUGUGAGAAACUAGACCUAAGUGAGGAUGUUGCCGGAGCCACUUUUAUGGCAGCUGGGAGUUCUGCUCCCGAGCUGUUUGCCUCCGUCAUUGGUGUCUUCAUCACCCACGGUGACGUGGGGGUGGGGACAAUCGUCGGCUCAGCGGUCUUCAAUAUCCUGUGCAUCAUCGGCGUAUGCGGAAUAUUCGCCGGACAGGUUGUAGUGUUGGGUUGGUGGUCUGUUUUCCGAGAUUCAUUCUACUACGUCUUGUCGAUCCUCGCUCUUAUUGCGUUUAUCUACGAUGGGAAGGUAGUAUGGUGGGAGAGCCUGGUGUUGGUGGUCAUGUACUGCGGAUACAUCCUCAUCAUGAAGUUUAACCAGAGCUUGCAGAAGUUAUUCGCGAGUAAAGACGACAAGGACAAGAAUCAGGCCAAUGGUAACGCAGCGGCCAGCAGCGAGAUGCAGGAUGUCAAGCCCAGUAAGGCUUACAGUCGUGGGUCUGUGGUCAUGGUCGAUGAGAUGAUGCAUGCCAACCCUCCCAAGAUGCGUUUCCCCGAGGCCGGCCUCCGCAUCAUGAUCACCAGCCAUUUUGGACCCAAGACCCGACUGCGCAUGGCCAGUCGCCUCAUCAUCACUGAGCGUCAGAAGCUGGUCCAGGGUGCCAACGGAGUGGAGACCCAGGUGCUGGAGGGGAAGGUGGAUGUUGAGAACGGCAACGUGCCCGAGGACAAGCCUGCAGAGGAGGAGGCCGAAAAUGAGACAAUCUCCCCCUUUCAUAUCCCUGCGGGCAUCAGCAGCAAGUGUAAGUGGCUGAUCGCGUGGCCCCUGCUGCUCCUCCUGUUCUUCACCAUCCCCAACUGUGCCAAGCCUCGAUGGGAGAAGUUCUUUAUGCUCUCCUUCAUUCUCUCCACUGUCUGGAUCGCCGUCUUCUCUUACUUCAUGGUCUGGAUGGUCACCAUCAUCGGCUACACCCUUGGCAUCCCAGACGUCAUUAUGGGCAUAACUUUCCUGGCAGCGGGCACCAGUGUACCAGACUGCAUCGCCAGUCUCAUCGUUGCUCGGCAAGGAAUGGGUGACAUGGCAGUGUCCAACACCAUCGGCAGUAAUGUGUUUGAUAUCCUGGUUGGACUGGGGUUGCCCUGGGCGCUACAGACCAUGGCGGUCAACUAUGGCUCUGAGGUCAUUAUCAACAGUCGAGGACUUCUCUACUCUGUGGUGCUGCUGCUGGGUUCUGUGGCUUUAACGGUGGGGGGGAUCCACGUGAACCACUGGAAGCUGGAUCUGAAGCUGGGUAUCUACACGCUGGUCCUCUACGCUGUCUUCCUGUGUUUCUCCAUCAUGAUCGAGUACAACGUGUUCACCUUCGUCAACCUGCCGAUGUGCAUGGAGGAGUAGCUAGACCCUGCCCACCCACGCUGACCUCUGAACCAGGAUGCUCCAUCCCCUCAAUCCCAGAGAGCAACCAAUCACAAUCAACCUUCUUCGCCGUCAUCCACUACAUUACUAACCCUUGUAACUGAAUCUCCUGUCUGUCUGACUCCAUCUUUCAUUGUCAUAACAGACCUGUUGACCUCUUGAUCUGCUCAUUGUCUUUAAAUCUGUCUCUCCCUGUGCUUGGACUCACUUUCCCAUGAGGCUUUGUUCUGAGGAGUGGAUGGACGCCUCUCCAUGCCUCAAACUUCCUCCCCUCUCUCAUCCAACAGACUGGACCCAGUGUCAGACUACUCUAUUUUCCAUUUAACCCCUCCAACUAUCUCUAGUCUUACUGUGCUUUCAUUAGCAUUCCAUCAAAGGCUUUAGAAUUAAGGGGAUCCUACAAUACCUACAGUCUCCCUCUCACAACAACCCACACAUACCUCAGGUUAGGGUUAGUCGUAAACCCCAACAUUGACACUCGACCAUUUCUCCCACUCUCCCCCAUCAAAACCUCUUCUCUUAACCUCCCCACCCCACACCACAGAUCUACCCAAAGACCCUAGGAAGAAAAAACACAACCCCGCCCUCAAUCUCUACCUCUCCCCCAAAUCCCGCUUGUGCCCCCACCCUUUGGAGGAGGAACUUUUUUUCUACUUCUACUCGUUCUGGCCUGGACCCCUCUGACAUGGUCCAGGCUGUGAUAGUUUCCUGUUUCCACAUCACUACGUCCCACCCCAUUGCACCAGACACUCAUCUUCACUUUUCCCCAUCACCUCUUAAGAAGGACAUUUUGUCAGGAAUCUUUAUGUAAAAUGAGUCAACUCAAAGCUGAGACUGAAAGAAGAGCGCAUAUGAUGUAUAUUUGCAGCACUGCACAGUGUUAAACUUGUAAACAUGUAUUUUUUUUUUUUUCCAUUUUCUUUUUGUACCGUGUGGGUUUUUGUUUUUCAAACGGGAGUUUAAAAAGGACUCUGAAAUAUGUAGAGGAGCGCUUGUUGCAAUCAUAAAGGACGUUGCCUGUUUCACAGUAAGGAAUUGUGCACAGACAAAAUGCUUUUCUUGCUUUUUGCUGUAAGGAGAUUUGGCCCUCCUCGAAAGGCAGGGCGUCUGGCUGAUGGAGGCGACUCUAUAAGCCGUUGUGCUGAAAGUUCAGCUGUUGUUUUUUUUCUCCCUCGAUCCGAGACUGAUAUCUCUCACACGCACCCUCCAACUGCAAAACACUAAAGAGAGAAACAACUCACUCCGGAUCUUGGGGAGAUGUGACAGAUACGUCACUG